GCGUAGACGUAGUUACGCGCGGGUGUGCGUUUGGAGAAGUGGAGCGCAGACACUCACGCUCACUUUUCCCCCCGCUGAGUCAAACUUUGACCCUUUACCGGACUUUUCCACUUCGCUUUCCGGCUCAUCGAGGUUUUUUUUUCUUCUUCUCAUGCGUACCCUUCCGACUCUUUAGACAACAUCUGUGGUAUUAGUCGGAUCGCUAUCUCUUCCUGAGAGCGCGGUUUUCGCACAGUCUGCGCCGAGAGUCACCUCCAUCUUCACCAGUGCAGCUGUGGAGCGCUGUUUUUCGCUCAAGAUGAGACAUUUCACCGGUUUUCUAAGUUGACAGUUGUGAUCCCGUUCAGACUCUUGUUUCAGACUGAGAUGCCCUCUUGAGUUUAAGUUUGCAUCUAGCUGAAGACCUUCCCGAGAACGAGUCGCCUGACAACACAAUGGCGUCCAAUAUAAUUGUGGAGCAGCAGUUCUCCCACAAAUUCACAGUGAUUGUGGUUCGAGCAGAGAACGUUACAAAAGGAGCGCUUGGUGACCUUUUGGAUACUCCAGAUCCAUAUGUGGAGCUAUUCAUCCCGACAGCCCCAGAGAGCAGGAAGAGGACCAAGCACAUUGACAACAACAUCAACCCGAAGUGGAACGAGACCUUUAAUUUCAUAUUAGAUCCGAACCAGCAGAAUGUCCUGGAGUUAACAUUAAUGGAUGCCAAUUAUGUGAUGGAUGAGACACUUGGGACGACAUCUUUUGACAUCACAAAGCUCAGAGUGGGCCAGAAAAAGAUGGAAAUUUUCCUUAUUGGCAAAGCAACCAAAGUAUAUUUAGAGAUGUCAUUGGAGAUCUGCACAAAUCUGGACCUGAGGUUCAGCCAUACCCUGUGUGACAAAGAGAAGCAGUUUAGGCAUACGCGCAGAGAGAGGGUGAUGCUGGGCAUUAAAAAGCUGCUGGACAUGGAGAAGCCUCGCUUCCUCCCCAGUUCUCCAGAACAGGUGCCAAUCAUAGCCAUAGCAGGUUCCGGGGGUGGUUUUCGGGCCAUGGUUGGCUUCUCAGGCGUGAUGAAGGCCCUGUUCGAGUCUGGGGUUUUAGACUGUGCCACAUAUAUUGCCGGCCUCUCUGGAUCAACAUGGUACAUGUCCACUCUGUACUCUCACUCGGACUUUCCUAAUAAAGGCCCACAGGACAUCAACAGUGAGCUGAUGAAGAGAGUUAGCAGUAAUCCACUGAGACUGCUGAUGCCCCAGCAUAUCACUAACUACAUCCAGGCCCUCUGGACCAAGAAGGCUUCAGGGCAGCCUGUUACGUUUACCGAUAUCUUCGGUAUGCUCAUAGGAGAGACACUUAUACCUGCGAGGAUGGACAUCAAGCUAAGUGACAUCCAGGAGAAAAUAAACCAGGCCCAGAGUCCUCUUCCCCUCUUCACAUGUCUACAUGUGAAGCCAGAUGUUUCUGAGCUCAUGUUUGCAGACUGGGUGGAGUUCAGCCCAUAUGAAAUUGGAAUGGCAAAAUAUGGCACUUUUAUGACGCCUGACUUGUUUGGAAGCAAGUUCUUCAUGGGAACUGUUGUGAAAAAAUAUGAGGAAAACCCUCUUCAUUUUCUAAUGGGUGUGUGGGGAAGUGCCUUUUCAAUUCUAUUCAACAGAGUGCUGGGAGUAAAGGACACAGUUGGUGGGAGCACCAUGGAGGAGGAAUUAGAGCAGAUCAAACCCCAGCACAUUGUCGGAGAGGACAGUCUUGACAAUGAUGAUGAGCCACGCAAAGUUGGGACAGAAAACCAGGAGGCAGAGGAGGAGUUUCAUCGCACUGCCCAGGCGAGCUGGGUUCAGCGAAUGUUCACCUCACUCUUCAGUGACUCUGCCUUGUUCAAUACGAGAGAGGGCCGGGCAGGGAAGGUGCAUAACUUCAUGCUUGGCUUGAACCUGAACACCAGCAUCCCUUUCUCUCCAGCCAACGAGAAUGCUUAUUACGCCGCCACACCUGAAGAGGAGGUGGAUGCCGUAACAGGCAAGAUAAACCAAAUAUUUGAUAAUCCUGAUGAAUUCGAUCGCAUAUAUGAGCCACUGGAUGUAAAAAGUAAGAAGAUCCAUAUUGUUGACAGCGGGCUGACCUACAACCUCCCUUAUCCGCUCUUACUGCGGCCUCAACGUGGGGUGGACCUCAUCAUCUCCUUUGAUUUUUCUGCUCGACCAAGCGACUCCAGUCCACCUUUCAAGGAGCUCCUGUUAGCAGAAAAGUGGGCCAGAAUGAACAAGCUCCCAUUCCCCAAGAUUGACCCCAAAGUGUUUGACCGUGAGGGUCUGAAAGAAUGCUACGUCUUCAAACCAAGGAAAGGAGAGAAGAACUGCCCGACCGUCAUCCACUUUGUCCUGGUCAACAUUAACUUCAGGCAGUUCAAAGCACCUGGUGUUCCCAGAGACACUGAGAAGGAGAAGGAGUUUGCAGAUUUUGACAUCUUUGAUGAUCCCGAGUCACCAUUCUCAACUUUCAACUUUCAGUACUCCAAUGAGGCGUUCACCCGGCUUCACGACCUCAUGGAGUUUAACACUCUUAACAACCUUGAGGUUAUUAAAGAGGCCAUCAAGGACUGCAUUGUGUCGCGGAAGGAGUACCCCUCGAGCCGCUCCCUUCCUUUCUCUCUCAGUGAGAUCCCGAAAAGGAGGUUUCUUAAUAGAGAUCCUACGUCAAAACCCCUCAAUAAUCUUUAAAUGAUUACCAGUAGCUUGAAGCUAAGACUUGAAUGAGCAGACUUUUUCAUGCAGCCUAAAAGUCAUGCUUUUAAAAAUAUGUAUUUUACACAAUGCUCUUAUCCUUAUCUCUGUAUACUUUAAAUUAUGAUGGUUUUGUUAAACUCUGGAUUUUAGUCUUGCGGAGGGUUUUUGUAAAGAAAACAUAACCAGUAAAAGCUUUGUGAUUGCAUUUUCUUUGUACAUUGUGAAUGAUCGGAAAAUCGGACCCAAACAGCUGAUAGUUACUCUCCCUGCUAACUUUUGAUGACUGGAUGUAAAAAAUAGUAACGCAUUGCUCUCCAAUGUGAUUGGAUUGUUACCUCUACUCGUCCUUUCUGUUGUUUUUUUAUUAUAUCCACUGAGAAUUCAAAACUAUAGAAUUUAUUAAUUUAGACAUUUUUCAUAUCAAUGUACUCAUUGAUUUUACUUCACUGCACCCUGUGAACUUUCUCUGGUUCCAACAUUCCUGACUUAUGAGGAUACCUUUGGCUUUACCUGAUGCUGCCUUGAGCAAAGCUACACCUGCAGUUUUCGUAUUGAUUUCUGCUCCUGUGCAGUCACUUUGGUCACAAGUUCUGCUUUGAGCUCAGUGAGAUACCAGUAAUAAUACUCACCUGUGCUGUACCUGUAUGAGAGCUGAACUUGUUCUAUACUUAACUUGCACCACAGAGCAUGCUUACCAUGUUUUUUCUUCUUUCUUCCAACCGGAUGGCUUGUCUAAACAUGUAUUCCUGUUUGGAAACAUGGAUGAGGAGCUCGUAUUCUUUGGUUAUGUUUCAUGACAACUCUUAAACACGCUAAGUGCACCCCUUCUGGAUACCUCAAACAUCUAAAUGAUGUUUACCCACCUACAGAAAGGGAGCACUCCCUGAUCCCCUUAAGGGAGUGUCUCGUUAAAUCCACCAUUUUUUAAAAACAAAUCUCCAUGCCAUGGAAACCACUUUGCUUCCUCUAUUUUUUUCUUGCACUCUGUUUAUUUUCCUUGCAGUGUUGUAUCUGAUUGCCUUUGACAUACCAACACAUUUUUCCAUGACCUUCCUGACAUUUCUUCCACCAGCAAACUUAUCGCAAUGUUGGAUCCUUUUAGAAAUACACUUUAUUUAUGAAAGGAAGCUGGACGGAGUGGUGUGUGAAAUCACAAAAGCAGCUCACACCUGAGAGUGGUGGUUUUCAACAGCAUCAGGUGGAAUUUUACACACUACACCUUCACCUGCAGCUGUAAAAGCCUGGAAUCUGAGACACUACGCCUCUACCUGCCGGAGCCUGAAGGCUUCACCGAGAGCUGUGGAAUUUUGCUCUGACACAGAUUAGUGCAUUAUAUUUUCACAAUUGAACCUGGUUCCUAGGUAUUCUUGUCUUUUUUAAUGUUUUAAUUUCUUUGGCAGCAGCCUUCAAUGUUAAUCCUUCAGAGAAACUCUUUAAUAUUUGGCAUAGAUCAGAUAUUCUCAACUGUCUGUCUUGUAUUGGUACAUUUAAGCAAGUAACAGCCAACAUAUAAUGUGCAAAGACUGGAAAUGGAGGAAACGGCUUUACACAAAUGUACCAAAAGUACAUUUCUAAUUGAUUUUUUUUUCCUUUUUGUAUGUGAAUGACUUUUAAAGCAAUUGAAAUGAUCCACUGUGUUCAUCAGCCUUUUUGCUUUAUUCACCAUUUUCAUAUGCUUUCUGAGUCUGAAUAUAGCUGUUAAGAUAUUAUUUCCAUAUUAUCUCCUGGCUACUGUGAGUAGCAUUAAGUUUAUAAGCCUCAAGUGUGAAAAAGUCAGUGGGUUCAAUAGCUCAACGUGUAACAAAAGAAUUCCAGAAAAACUGCAGAUAUGGGGUAAACAUUUUCAUAAAUAAUCAUUAAAAAAUUUGUUAUUGUCACUUUGUUUACACUGUUCAUAGACGGAAGUCACUGCUGACUAUUGUGCAUUAAUGUUACAGGAAAAUAAAAAAAGAAUGAAAAUUUAAAGGAUUUUCUUGGUAAUUCGUAACUUCUAUCUGAAAUACAUGAUUUUGGGCGAACUCUGGGAAUGAAGCCUCACAUUUUAAGUGCAAUGUUGAAGUUUAUCUUAAAAUCACUCAAAAAAUUAUUUAGUGUACUUCACAACAUGGUUUUAGGUAAAACAAAAACAGGCACAUAUCUGUAAGCAAUGCUGCAAUUCUACAGUUUUUGCUGUGCUGUUGCUGUUUUGAAUAUCAUACAUUUGAUUUACAAUUCAUGACAAUGUUUACAUGUAACAAGAUAAAAGGUCACUUCUUGGGCUGUUACGACUACACACAAACUUUCCCGUGAUCAUUGAGUGUGUCAUAACUGGCAGAACAUGACAAGCAUAGGAAUAAAAA